AUGAUUGAGGAAACUUUUAAGGGAUCCAGAUUCUCUUCAAGUCUUUUGAAUUCUUAGGAAGUAAACUUAAUGAUAAACCUUGACAUUCCAGUGUUUUCCAUAUUCCGAAAGAUUUAUUAGAAAAAGACCAUCAAAUUAAGCAAUUCUGUUGUGUUCUGUUUCCCUCUUUAAAGCCUGAAUUUCUCACUCAUCCCUUACAUAAAUUAUUUCAUAUCUAUCAAACUUAAUAAACUUCGAGUCAUUAUCUUCUCCUGUGCAGAUCUAAGAUAUAGAUAAGCGAGAAAGAUUUUGUUGUUAGAGGUAGGGACAGUCUUUGUAAGGAAAUAGGAAUAAAACAAAUCUCUUUUCCAAUUUUAUUGGCUUGAAAUUUGA